UAUCAGAAUAUUAGUCCCUGUGACUUCCGCGCGUAAUGAUAUCUGGAACUGGGUAACAAGUUUCAUAUUGGUCAUGUGUCUCGUGUCUGUGUUGUGAUUCUCACACGAUGUGUCUUAAUUCUGUAGCCUGUGGACAAUUUAGUAAUAUUAUGUAGAAGUACCGUGUUUGGUUUGAAGAGCUGUUUUCUAAGCUUGUGAAGUUUAUAGAGAUAUUAGGCUUCAGUAUGGGGAAGAAGAAUAAAUCCUCAAAUAAUCUUGGUAGAUCCCUAAUAAAAGAUAGGUUUGGAGCAACCAACAAAACUAGGAGAAAUAAAGACCAGUCUUUGCUUCAUACAGCAGAUGUAGAUGAUGGUUAUGAUUGGGGACGCCUUAACCUUCAGUCAGUGACAGAAGAAAGUUCGUUCCAGGAAUUCCUCUCCACAGCUGAAUUAGUUGGAACAGAAUUUCAGGCUGAAAAACUGAAUGUCACAUUUGUGAACCCGAAGAGUGGCAUUGGGUUACUCUCAGAAGGGGACAAAGAUAAAGUGAAGGAUGCACAAGACAAGAACAAACAGUUGUUGGGGAUACCGAGAAGACCAAAGUGGGAUGUCAACACUACAGCAGAGCAGUUGCAGGCAGCGGAACGGGAUUCGUUUAUAGAGUGGAGGCGACGUCUGGCCACACUGCAAGAGGUAGAAGGUGUACUUCUGACACCAUAUGAGAAAAACCUAGAGUUUUGGAGGCAGCUGUGGAGAGUGGUUGAGAAGAGUGAUGUGGUGGUGCAGAUAGUGGACAGUAGGAACCCCCUCCUAUUUCGCUGCGAGGAUCUCGAGACGUACGUGAAGGAAGUGAGUCCUCACAAGUUGAACUUGAUCCUGAUCAACAAGGCUGAUUUCUUGACACAAGCUCAGCGCCAGGCAUGGGCAGAGUACUUUUCGAGUCUCAACAUAAGGGCUGCGUUCUUCUCUGCCACGCUGGCAGCGGAGACAGAAGAGAGCGAGGGUGAUGAGUGCGUGUCCCCGAAUGAGGAGCUGACUGAGGAAGUUUCAGAAAGUGAAGAGGAAGAAGACAUAGCAGAGAAGUCUCCAUCAUGUGAUAAUGAUGCUGCUAAAAGUAAUAGCGAACUGUUUACUGAUUCUGACACAGCUGGUGUUACAGUCGUGAAGUUGAUGAACUCUGACAAGCUUCUAACUCGUGAAGAGUUGGUGGCUGUCUUCAAGUCUCUACACACAGGACCGAAGGUGACAGAUGGUGUGACCACUAUUGGGUUAGUCGGCUACCCCAAUGUUGGCAAGAGCUCCACCAUCAAUACACUUCUCACUUACAAGAAGGUCUCUGUGUCCUCUACCCCAGGAAAAACCAAACACUUCCAGACGCUGUUCCUGGAGCGUGACCUCAUGCUUUGUGACUGCCCCGGACUUGUAAUGCCGAGCUUCAUGUUCACAAAGGCGGAGAUGGUAGUGAAUGGGAUUCUUCCAAUUGAUCAGAUGCGUGAUCAUGUCCCACCUGCGACGUUAGUUUGUAGCCUCAUACCCCGAUCUGAACUGGAGUUCACCUAUGGUAUAAUGCUGCCUAUGCCUUCAGAGGGGGAAGAUCCCACGCGACCUCCAACUGCAGAGGAGCUGCUUAAUGCUUACGGAUACAACCGGGGGUUCAUGACUCAGAAUGGACAACCAGACAAUCCUCGGUCAUCUCGUUACAUCCUGAAGGACUUUGUGAAGGGCAAGUUGCUGUACUGUCAUGCCCCACCCACUCAUGACCAGUCACAAUAUCACAUGUUUCCAGGGAGGACAAAGCAGUCCAGGCCAUCCAACUUGCCUCCUCUUGGUGUUCGUCUGCUCAAGGCAAACAAGAUAUCCACAGAGGAUCUUGACAGGCAGUUCUUCCAAAAAGUUUCAGUUGGGGUGCACAAGAAGGGAACACAGAGCUCCUCAGAUGCCAGUGAUGCCAGCACAAACGCAAAACCAUGGAAAGAUCACCGAAACAAGAGGAACAAGCAUGAAAAGUUGCGCAGGGUGUAUGCUCACUUGGACCAGUGACACCAAGUUGGACGACAGUGUGAUGGAACAUCAUGUGCACAGAUGGUGCACAUCUUUCAGAGCCACUGCUGCCGUUUUAUGAAUGAGGCAUCUCAAGGUAAAAAGGUUUAGCCACUGGCCAUUUUAUAAUGAAACUUUGCAAUGUAGUAAAACCAUAUUAUAGUAUUUUUCAGUGGAAUUGGCGGCUAAGUCGAGUUCUGCUCUUUGUGAGUGACCAUUCAAUGCAAAGGAGGUCUGUUGGUAAGCAGGGAGACCUGUCUGUUCAGAAGCCCAGUGAUAGAAGCAUCGGCAGUCGCACUGCGUUGUUGCCAAUCUUACAUGUUCUUUGCAUGGUGUAGUAACCAUUUACUGUAAACCAAUGUUCAAUGAUGCUACAUCUGGCACUGCUCUAUGUUGUUUCCUCACUAUCUCGCCCCUCCGCCUCCCACCGCUACUUCCUACCACGGCACAGUACGUGAUUGGUGCACCCUUUCAGCCACCAAUUCCGCUGAAAACUGUUAUAAUUUGUUACAGGCAGUCCCCACUGUUAUGAAUACUAAUAUUCCUGGAGCUAUUUUCCAUAAGUGCAGUGUUAAAAUUGGAGCUUAUUUUCCAGAACAACUGAAAAAUUACCCAAAAAAUUAGAAACCAAUUUUAAUGCCUGAAACGAAACACACAAGCAACAGAAUAUAUUGAUGAAUUGAUUGUUGUACUUCCCUGGUGUUACUGACUGACUGGGCAACGGGCUUGAAAACUGGUUUUGGUUCCUGGCAGGGCAAGGUUUUGGGUCGUUACAGCCUCCAUGUCUGUACUUACUGUGCCAGCCUCUUAUCCAGUGUGUAUUAGGGGUUAUCAUGGAGGUUCAGGCAACUGAAGUAUGAAGUUAAUCAUUCGCCUCCAUCAAGUGCUAAGGCGGAGUUUAUUCCCCAUACCGCCUUUGUGGUGUGUAGUCACAGGGGUAACAUUAACUGUGUCUAGUAAUUGUUACUGUGAUCAUCAUUAUCAUUGAUAUUAUUACAGGUGUUUUUUUUCCAUUGUGGUGCAAUAUGCAUCCACAGAAUUUUGCUAACUUCCCUGUAGAAGGAACUGAAAUGGUAAAGUUUUGUUGCUGCUGGAAUUGGAUUAUUUCAUAACAGAAAAUUGUGUUGAAGGUGAUGGGAAUGUUGCUCUGUAAAACAGAUGACAGUGUAAUAAAUGACACAGGUUCUGGAUUU